CCCCUGAAUCGAUUCUUUGGUAACAGUAGAGGAGAAGAGAAAGAGCUUUAACAACGACGGAGAAUUUGGAACCCAGUUGCACGCAAUCGAGAAUAAUCUACAUCUUUGAGAAGCGAAUCCACUGAAUUGAAAGAGUUUUGGAGAAUCCUAUGAGCCGGUUCUCUCUAAUUCGUCAGCUCAAGCCGAAACAUGUCCCUUGAGUUUUGUCCGGAGAGACCUUUGUUUGGCGGCGCAAUUUCCAGCGCCUUCCCUCAAAGAUUCCAGGAUGCGAGUAAUAUCCGACAAGUUCCAGAUCAUCAGGAAUUGUUUGUGGAUCCUUCAAGGGAUGAGAGUUUGAUAUUUGAGCUCUUAGAUUUCAAGACUGAGGUUGGUGACAAUGGCAGUGCUUCUUGGUUCCUCGAAGAUCUUGCUCGUGAGCAAGAUGCCGAAGGUUUCAAGUUAAUUGAGCAAUCAGAGGUCGUUGAGGCGCCUGGACUGUCUUUUAGAAACAUCCCUGCCGUUGUGACAACUGCUGUUGGAGAGAUGGCUAUAUCCAAAGGAAGACAGGGAAGAGAAGCACAAAACCUAGUGAGGGUUUAUGUGGCAAAUCUUCGUCUUAAGGGAGUUGAAACUGAUGCGUUAGUGACUGCAUAUGAACCUAUUCUCAUUAACCCUCUGAGCGAAAGUGCGAAUGCUGUAGGAGCCGGUUUAGCUGUGCCAGCUUCACAAUCUGGAAUAAUGCCAAUGUGUGAUGUCAUUAAACAGUCACUCUCUACCUUCAAAGUCAAUGACUGGAGUCUUUUCGGCUCCUCCUCAGCUUGAGUGUAUGCUUCAUCAUCCAAAAACGAAACGAUGAAAAUCUGCCAAUUGAUGUUGUUAUGUCGGUUUCGUUUUUUUAAUUUUGAAGUUCAUUUAUGUUGGUUAAGGUAGCUUCUCAAGUGGUCGAGUCUUUGAGGCCUAAGUUUAGAGUUCUUCUGUUUAAGCAUUGUUAUUCUUCUUUAGCUUUUGAUUAAAUAAAACGAGUUUAUAUGAGGCUUAUAAGAAAUGGCCUCGAUUGUUUUUCUCAAGUGGUUUGCUUUGAGAGCUUCUAUGUCUUUUCUCUCUAUCCCUGUUUCUUCACAUUAUGUUGAACUCUUAAGAAAAACAAAAGGCAAAUAAUUGAGAAGAAACUCGAGAAGAAAAAGUAGGAUUUGUCUUGGAAUCCAAGAAUUCAUGUUAAAAGAGUUUUGGUAACACUGUUUUUUUUUUUAAUUUGCUUUUAACUUUUAAUUUUUUUUCUUCUUGUUGAAUAUGGGUUUCCCAUAUCUGCAUAAACUAGUGGCAAACAAAAUGUAACUUUCGUAGUACCUUUGUGUUAUAUUUGCAUCAAAAAUA